UCGUGCUAUGUUGCUGAACUUUUGCUCCAUAACCUUAGUUAAGUAAAGCAAAGCGCUAUACUUGUACCAACAUCGAUCGCUCUAUUUUAUAGUACUUACUAAAAUUUUAUCAUUAACUUUUCACGAACAGCACUGACGAGACAGAACGCACCAUCACCAACCUUUCUAGCAUCAAAGCGCACACAAUGAUGUUUGUGCGAUCGCUGCUCUUCGGCGUUUUCUGUCUCACUGGCUCGUCCUUUGCCUCGGUUCCUGACCCAGACCCUGGUGCUGCUUUAAACCACUGUGAUGAACCUGUCACGGCCCAUGUUUGUUCCUAUCUAUGGGAUGAGUUUCCGCUGCACGCCAUUUUUGACGCCGUGUUGACCGGACAGCCGGCAGGGGGCCAAUUUGGGGAGCUCGGUACGGAAGCAAAGGACCGAGAACUCUAUGCAAAGUUUGAGCGUCUGAAGGAACACUCCUGGAAACGGUUUUACCAACUGCUGCGGCGUCACCCCGUGCUGCAGCAGGCGCACCCCAUUCGCGGCGCUAGUCGCCUCUUUCGCGGUCCUGUGGUUUCGAGCACCCUCCCGAAGGUGGGUUUCGCGACGGAGCUGUUAUCCUACGUCGAGCCCGAGGUCUUGAGGACCCACCCGGACAUCACCAUGUGGAUCCCCGAUGGAGUUACGCCACAGGCCCUAGGUGACAGCUUUCGGCAUUUUCUGCAUC